UUUUCCAACAGUGCAAAAUGUACAUUCUUUCCAUUUUUCAAUCGGUCUUAAAACUUUGAAGUGUGUAAUUAAUGUAAGCAGCAUUGAUUUUCUUAAUCAUCAGUCCUGAUAUUAUUUAUUUUAGAAAGACCCAUCUUAGUGCUUCUUCUCUCAUGUAGUUUUAACGCAUCUAAACCUGGCACGGACUUCCAUCAACCCCCACGGUUAAUAGGAUUCUUCUUUACCAUCUCUUGGGCUCUUUUCUCUCAUCUGCUUCCUAUUUAGUCUUUUUUUAUUUUUUAUUUCAACACAAGAGUACCUUUUGUCUGCUGGUUACCACAGCAACCGUAAUGUUAACAAAGGAGCCGCAUCAGAUACAAACGAAACAUCCAUCUAUCUGGGGAAGAGCGGAAAGUAUACGGAGGAUUUGUAUGUAUAAAAAAAAGCAUAUUGCAUUUUUAAGCAUUGCCUGAAAGAUUUGAUUAUUGCUUUUAGUGAGGCCUUUAAGUGCCGUAAUUACCAGUUAUAUUAAAAAAAGAAGUCAAAUUCCAAGAAUAUUUGAUGACCUUGAGUAACAUUUGUACUGCUUUUAAUCAUCAAUGUGAUGUAGCAAUAUGGUCUUUAAUAUGGUUUCAUUUUGCUUUAUAGUGAGGACUUGUGACAGCAAUAUUUAUUCAUUACUCCUGAUAGUGAGGUCUGUGAGAUGUUUAGGAAUAUUUAUUAUGGAUUGUAAGCUUAUUGAUACGGGUAUUUACUUGUGUAGAAGGCUUUGUGUCUUUGUUCAAGCCACCACUCUGGAUUUGUAGGAAUCCAGAGUUAGUUUUUUUUCCACCUUGAACCCACCAUCACUGCGGUGAAAAAUGCUUCUCGUGACUAUUUGUAGUUUUUCUGCACUGCCAACUUCUAGUCAUCAUAUUCAUGGAAUGCCAACCAACACCAAUUUCCCGCACAAGCUAACCCUCAUCAAUUUUGUAUCAGGCGGGGGAUGACAAAUGUUGGAUUAUUACACUCUCACAGAAAAAUAAUCGAACCCCCCCAUCCCCAUGAAUACAAAUCACUUCCACAUGAACAAACGUCCCAAUACAAAACAACCUUUAGUGGGCGUCCGUGGAAAUGGAAAUGAUCUGUUCCAGGGUCAGGCCAUAAAGGCUUUAUGAGGCGUACACUUUGAACUCUCCUAAAAAGUGUCAAAAGAAGCCAAAGUGUGCAUCGUGACCUCUGAAGAUGCUGACCUUUGGCUCCGUCGUGGCUUACGAUCACAAGCUUGUAUCGAAUCGUGAAAAUGUAGCAGGGGAUCAAAUUAGUAUUUGAUGGUCCACUUUGUAUUGUUUUUUUGUGUCAUGUUCUGUAUUGCGGCCGUGUUGAAUUAGUUUGUAUCAUUUGCAGAGGGGGCCGAUAAUCUCGAAAUCAUUGCUCCGCCUCCUGGUCUGAGCUCCAGCUCCAUGCUCGUCUUAUCCAGGUGCUAACUUGGGGAUUACCGCUUGGCUUGGCUUUUCAGCUCUCGUUACAUCCAACCCAAAAUCCUCCUGCUUGAGCAAAUGCAACAAUAAAAUAUUCAUCAUUUUCAUUUCUCAGCAUCUCGCAGAGCUCAUUAAUAGCUCAGCGUUUGUUGUAUUCCAUCCACUUGGAGGCUCCGGUGCAGAGAUUAGAGCUCGAAAUAAACAUCUGAUGGACUUUGUGUUGAUCUGGAAAAGUCUUUAUGGAUUUGUUCACACCGCCAAACCUUAAAUGACCUCAGGCUCAUUUCUUUAACUUUAUGUCCAUUCCCUCUUGCAGACCGCCCCACAAGCUGCCUUCCUUUGGAACGCUGGGUUACACAACUGACCGUGAUAGUAGGAUUCUCUAUUUAGAAAUGGAAUACCUUUGUCAAAACUUUAUGACCUUCUAAAUGCAUUUUUUCUUUACAUUAUUAGAGCCUACUAGACAUGAAAUAACACCCCUAUAGCCCCCUUACAUUCCUAUUACCCAAAAUAGUCAACCGAGCCAUUUCAGGCACAAUGGACACUGGAGAUGGUGACAUCCUGGGUGUAGUACCUGGGUGUUCACCUCAACAGUAGACUGGACUGGACUCGUCACACGGAAGCACUUUACAGGAAGGGUAUGAGCAGACUCUAUCUGCUUUUGGGGUGCAAGGGGCAGUCCUCAAGACGUUCUAUGACCCUGUCGUGGCGUCAGCCAUUUUCCAAGGAAUAGUCUGCUCUGGGUUGCCCCCUUGACCCUUGAGGUGGUGGGAGAGAGGAGGAUGAUGGCUAAGCUGUCAUCCAUGUUGGAGAAGGACUCCCACGCCCUGCAGGUCACUUUGACAGCACUUGAGAGCUCCUUCAGCGAUAGACUGCUUCACCCCAAGUGUGUGAUGGAGCGAUAUCGCAGGUCCUUUCUUCCUGAAGCUGUCAGGCUGUACAACCAGCACUGCUCCCAAUAGACUUCUACACCGCUAUGUACAUCUGUGUAAUACUUUGUUUUUAUACUCCGUAUAGUUACUUCUGACCCCAUUCACUGUGCAAUAUCAAGGCUCUAAAUGCAAUAUAUGAAGUUCUGUGUGAAGUAUUUCUAUAAUGCCUCAUAUUAACUCACUAGCAAGAUCUCAUAGUGUAUAGACUGGUCAUAUAUUUCAUCUCGUUUCAUAUUAUCUGCAUACUGUAGUUGUAUAUAACUCUGGGUAAAACUGUUGAUUUGUUAAUACUUGGGUUGUUUAUAUUUUUUUAUAUUGUGUAUUUUUGUACUGCUUAACUGAUUCUGUACUCUUGCUGCUGUGCAAUGCAAAUUUCCCCACUGAGGGACGACUAAAGGCAUAUCUUAUCUUAUCUUCUAAGACAUAGUAUAUUCUGGACAAUACUUCCUGUGUACAUACCAUUACAGACACCUAGUGACCUGUGUAGAAUACUACAUAUCACGUCUUUUUUUGUAGCUCACUUGACAUUUUUAUGCUGCAAAAUGCUUAAUUUAGCAAAAACAUGUGUAACAUUUGUUUAAGUAUGUAUACUGUUUAACUAAUCAACCACAAAAUGGCCAUGACUUAUUCAUAUUUAUGAAAAACCGUGACAGAGUGAAGGCGUGAAAUUUGAAGCGCAAAAUGGUCUCAUUCAGGUAAUCGAAUAAAAAUGAUUCAAUGAUAGUUCUUUCCAAUACCAAAGCAGUCCAAGUCCGUUACUGGCCGUGCAUGACUUGGGUGUCACUUGCCGGCAGCUGACUGACGGCAUCUCCAUCUGGGCUUUGGCGAUGAAGAGCUUCUGACAGAUCUCAUUAGCGACAGACGUUGCAUUUUAAACCAGGCCUAUUACGCAUCCCGCCCACCUCCCGCCAAGGACUCGCCCUCGUGGCUUUUUAGCAGCGUUCAAAACUUAUUCAAUCAAUCAGAAAUGUUAAAGCCCUCCUGCUGGGUGUGGUUUAAAAAAAUUAUCUUGACAUACUUUUGCACAUCCAAAGUCUUGUUCUGACAUGGUGGAAAACUGUAGAAGUCUUGAUCCGUUUCUCGCUUAGUUGGUUUGCCUUUUUGUCAAGAAAAGAAAUAACAGGGCAGGCAAUAGCAAAAAAACAUGAUUAAGGUCUGUAUUAUUAUCAUUAGCAUGUUUUCACAUGAAUGAUGUUGACAUAGGAUGAGGCCAUGUUGGUUGAAUGUUGAUGAAAAUUGCUCUCUCUUAUAAAAUUGCAAUGAAUUACUAACGAAAGCUGAGGUUUGACCUUGUAGCAUGAAAAAAGGGUUUGCCUCCCAUUCUGUGUGGAAGUGGUAAAUGUUUGGGUAAAAAUAAAUUCCUGGCUAGCUCGAGUCUCGAGUCCCCGCAGAAUAAGAGUUGCAAUGCGGUGUAAACGAUGAAUGAUCGGAGUGUAAAGGUGACACAUCUACAGGGCUCUCAUCAUCUUAAACAUAUUUAGGAAGCUUCUGUGUUCUAACUAUGAAAAUAAAAAAUGUAUUACCAUUGAAUCCUAUAUAUGUGUCGAAAGCAGCGUAACAUCCUGCAUUUCCUGGGAUCUGGCAAAGAUCGUACUUUUGCCCUUGGUAGGUAUGAUUCCGUUAUUAUGUUUAAUUUGACUUGUGUAAAGGAGGCCAAGCACAAUAUGUCUUAGAUUUGACAAGCUGUUUUUUUCCCCCUCGUUUUUAGAUAUAUUUUUUCCUGAUUGUUAUUCUAACACAGACUAAAACAUGAAGUAAUGUCAGCCCAUACAGCGCGUUACCACGGUUACACUAUCCCGACGACACUGUAGCGCCUUUGUGUUCGCCUUCCCCAAAGAGAAGGCGGCUUCUCGCUUCAUUCAAACGCUUUUUUUUUUUUUUCCUGCAAAACAUGUUCAGGCUGAGACUUCCAAGGGAAGAACUGCGGGAAAAAGUCUGGUGACUUUCCACUGCACAGUCGUACACUUCCUUUCCUUCUUUCACUCCUUGCUAUUAUUAUCAUGCUUGCACCGCUUUGUUAGCAGGGAGAGCUUUCAGUGUGAUGCACAACACUUGUACGAGCAAUUUAUUUAAAUGAAUGAGCAUUAUUAAUAUUUGUAUGUCAUUAGAGGUGUCCUCAUUAAGCGCCUGUACUGUAUGCUAGUUAGCCACACGUGUGCAGUUAUCAGCAUGCAUGACAAAGACCACGAGUUCGUGGCAAGUUGUAGAAAUAAAACAACAAACGAUUUUGUGAAAAAGCAAGAAAACAAGUAGAAAACUAGAUCUUGCAUUAAAUUCAGUUAAAUACACGACCUUUUAGGGUGUGUGGGGGUGUAACUUUUAAAAAGCGCCUACUGAUUUCCUCCCACCUGGUCACCUGCUCAAUGGGGGCGGGGCUUCCUCAUCGCAAUGGACGGACCGACCGCACACACUUUCCUGGCAGUGUUCUUCCUCCGUUUCGGACACACGAAAGCCUGAUCCGAGGAAUCAUUCUUCCACGCUUGAUUUCUCCCCUUUUCCAGCAGCCAUCUUUUUGUGUUAAUCGUGGAGGAUUGAAAGGAUUAAACGGGAGAUUACAUACGGCGGGAUUACCCUGACCCCGAUACCCAAGGCCUGUGGGACCAGAAAAAAGGGGGGCGCUGAUGCGACACAACAGUUGCGACAACACGUCAGUGUGUGUGCGUGUGCUUAGUGUGUGUGAGAGAGAGUGUAUGAUGAAUGUGUGGACCCAGUGAAAGAUCACCCAGAGACGGACUAAGACAUCUUUCCCCCCCUCUUCAUCCGCACCAUGUGUGUGGCCUACAAAUACGUGCUUUUCUCUCCGCCGGAACCGUCGGACGGCCCCUACGGUAUGGGCAAAAUGAGGGACUAAUCGGCGGCGGCGAGGCUCGUCUGCAAGCGAACGUUUCGUCGGAACCGCGAGUGGGCUUCACAGCUGUUGGCCACCAAGGAGAAGGAGGAGAAAAUGUCGGGGAAAAUCGAGAGCAAGCAAGACUCACAGCGGUCCCAUCUGUCCUCAUUCACCAUGAAGCUGAUGGACAAGUUCCACUCUCCCAAGAUCAAGAGAACCCCAUCCAAGAAAGGCAAGCAACUGCAGCCCGAGCCAGCAGCAAAGAGCACUGAAAAACCUGCCAAUAAAAAGGUGAGUCGACUGGAGGAACAGGAGAAGGAGGUGGUCAGUGCCCUUCGCUACUUCAAGACCAUCGUGGACAAGAUGGUGGUGGAGAAAAAGGUGCUGGAGAUGCUGCCCGGCUCGGCCAGCAAGGUGCUGGAAGCAAUCCUGCCUAUGGUUCAGGUGGAGGCCCGGAUACAGCACAGUUCAGCGUUGUCUUCCUGCCAUAAUCGCGUGUACCAGAGUUUGGCCAACCUCAUCCGCUGGGCCGACCAGGUGAUGCUGGACGGCAUCGACUUGGAGGACAAGGAAAACGUGACGUCGGUCACCAACGUCAUCAAAGCGGUUCUUGAUGGCGUGAAGGAGCUGGUAAAGCUGACCAUCGAAAAGCAAGAGCAGCCCUCGCCCACCAGCCCGAGCAAGCCGGCGCCACCUGUCACCACAACAGAGAGCAGUGUGCCUUCUGAGAUGCCCUCCGUUGAGCGGGAGUCGGAGGUCUUGAAGACGGCCCCGACGGCAGCUCCUGCCGAGGCUCCCCCGGAAGUACCCGAUGAGGAGACGGCACCCCCAAAACCUCCCCUUCCUGAAGCCAAGAUGGCAGAGCUCAGAGCACAGUUGAGUUCUGACGCUGGCCAAAGGAAACCCUCUCCCAAGGAGAAUCCUCCACCAGCCCUCCCUCCAAAGAAGCGCCAGUCUGCUCCUUCACCAACGCGGGUGGCGGUGGUCGCCCCCAUGAGCCGUGGCUCCAGUUUGCCCUGCAGCGUCCACAGACAGCAGCAUGACUACGAGCAGGAGUUCCUGCAGAGGCGUUUCUCAGGGGGCAGCCAGUCAUACGGGGGCGACUCUCCACGCCUGUCACCCUGCAGUAGCAUGGGGAAACUCAGCAAGUCAGACGAGCAGCUUUCCUCCAUGGAGCAAGACAGUGGACAGUGUUCUCGAAACACCAGUUGUGAGACACUCGACAACACGGAAAACUACGACCCCGAUUACGACUUCCUCCACCAGGACUUGUCAGUUGGGGAUAGCCUGCCUCCGAUACCAGUGGGAGGCUGCCUCAGCCCCCUGCCCGAGUCUCAAAGCGAGUCGUCCUCACCCGUCCCCGGACAGCAUCCGUCACACCCCCGCUUCAGCGCGCCUCCCCCCCAGCAGCCGCCCGAGUACUGGACGCCGCAGCCCAGUCAGACCAAUCCCCUGGCACGCAUCAGUGCCCCCCCGGCGCUGCCCCAGAAGAAGCGACGCAGCACCCAGCCGUCGCCUUUCCCCGACGUCGGCUCGAAGAUGUUCUACGAGCGCUACCCCUCCCAAUACGACAACCUGUCAGAGGAGGAGCUGCACCCCACGCCGCCGUUCCCGCUUUACACGCCCAUCUCGCCCAUGCCCCAGACAAACGGGGGUGUGUUUGUCGCACAGUACUUGGUCAGCGAGAACGCGGAUGUCCCCGCCAACCCGCCACCGCUGCCAGAAAAGAAAAGCAGACACAUCCUGCAGUACAUGCAGUUUGUGGAAGACUACUCGGAGCCGCAGCCGUCUGUCUUCUACCAGAUGCCACAGAGUGAGAGCAUCUACGAGCAGCGCAACAAGCGCUUCCAAGAGGUCUAUGGCUUCAACGACUCCUUCAGCAGUACCGACUCGGUCCACGAACCCCUGCAGCCCCCAGCACUGCCCCCGAAACAACGACAACUGGCCUCCCACUCCUCCUCCCCCUCUUCUUCCUCCUCUUCCUCUCUCUCCUGCCACCUCCAGCCGUCUGUGGCGGCCAUGGAGGAGGCGGGCUCUGGGCUGGGCCUCAGCAUGUCCGCCUCUAAUUCCUACCUGAUUGGCCAAGCUGCCUUGACCACGCCCACGAGCGUGGACCAGGCCGCCCUAACCAGCGCCACCAUCAUCGCGGAUGGUAGCGGGGGCGGGCCCGACGCCUCCUUGGCAGGCUCGGCCGGCUCUGUGGCGGCCGUCUGUCUUCCUUCCGAGUCGUCUCUCAUCACCGACUCUCUUCCCACGUCAGCGAGCGAGAGUGCGAAUGACGAGGGUGGGGAGGGCGAGUACGUCAACUUGUACUCCUCCGGCCAGGCCAAUGGCGAGCUGCCGCUCUCCCUCAGAGAAACCAUCACGGCCGACGAUGUGCUGCAAGACCCCGCCCCUCAGGUACCGUCCACCAACAGCAAAGACGCUAUGGAAGUGGAAAGGAGGCAAAAGUCGCCAGAGUCAGCCGAGGACGGCGAGGAGAGCGUGGACGAGCUCUCGCUCAUCGAUCACAAGGAGAUCAUGAGCAGGAUAACACUAAAGCAAGAAAACGAUGACGGCCCGGACGUGCGUGCUGGAUCAGGAGACAUCUUAUUAGUCCACGCCACGGAAACGGACCGCAAAGAUCUGGUUUUGUACUGUGAAGCCUUUCUGACUACAUAUAGGACGUUUAUAACCCCCGAGGACCUCAUUAAAAAGCUACACUACAGAUAUACAAGCUUCUGCCACAGCCCGGACACCUUCAAGAAGCGAGUCAGCAAGAACACCUUCUUUGUGUUGGUGCGUGUGGUGGAUGAGCUCUGCCUGGUGGAGCUGACGGAAGACAUCCUGAAGCAGCUGAUGGACUUGGUCUUCACGCUGGUCUGCAAUGGCGAGCUCAGCCUGGCCCGCGUCCUCCGCAAGAACAUCCUGGACAAGGUGGAGCAGAAGAAGCUGCUCCGUUACACCAACUCGCUCAAGCCGCUCGCCGCCAGGGGCGUCUCCGCCAGGCCCGGAACUCUCCAUGAUUUCCGCAGUCACGAGAUUGCCGAUCAGCUGACUCUUCUUGAUGCGGAGCUCUUCUACAAAAUUGAGAUUCCGGAGGUGUUGCUUUGGGCCAAAGAGCAGAAUGAGGAGAAGAGUCCAAACCUGACUCAGUUCACGGAGCACUUUAACAACAUGAGCUACUGGGUGCGCUCAUUAAUCAUUCAGCAAGAAAAAGCCCAAGACCGUGAGAAGCUGCUGCUCAAGUUCAUCAAGAUCAUGAAGCACUUAAGAAAGUUGAACAACUUCAACUCGUACUUGGCCAUUCUGUCCGCGCUUGACUCCGCCCCCAUCCGCAGGUUGGAGUGGCAGAAGCAGACGUCAGAGGGACUGGAGGAAUAUUGCACGUUGAUUGACAGCUCGUCGUCCUUCAGAGCGUACAGGGCCGCGUUGGCCGAAGUGGAGCCCCCCUGCAUCCCUUACUUGGGUCUCAUUUUGCAGGACCUGACCUUCGUUCACUUGGGGAACCCCGACCUCAUCGAAGGGAAGGUCAACUUCUCCAAGCGAUGGCAACAGUUCAACAUUCUCGACAGCAUGCGGCGAUUCCAGCAAGUACAUUACGAGCUGAAGCGCAACGAGGACAUCGUCUCCUUCUUCAACGACUUCAGCGACCACCUGGCGGAGGAGGCGCUGUGGGAGCUGUCGCUGAAGAUCAAACCCCGGAACAUCGCCCGCCGCAAGACGGACCGGGAGGAGAAGACUUAGGGAUUCUGUGCCCCUUGCGGCCCCCGCCCCAAACCUCACGGGGCUGCAAAAGACUUGACCUCCAACUGUGCUUCAAUGACACAAACUUCACUUUAUCGCAGAGCCAGAGAAAGAGCAACGCAGGACGCUAACGGGAGACUCGCUUCAGGCGAGCGCGAGCGAGGUUUACAAAGAGCUCGGCAGGGCUGGGAGACUAUUUUUUGGGAGCGCCGUGGUUGUGACGGACUCGUGACUUUGCCAGGAAGAUGCUGCCUGGUGCCGAGGCUGACAGAGCAGACGGGAACCAGGAAGGAAGAAGUCUGCUUUGUUUUAAAGUGGGGGUGCCGGGUGAAGACUGGGGUGAGUGUGUGGUGACACUGAGGUAAACGGGAAAAAAAAAGGUCCAUUACUCUUCAAGUUUUUUAUAUUAUGUGCCAUGUAUUGGUCAUCUUCAACCCUGCCCUCCUCCACUCAUGCACGCCCCUCAAACAACAGCGCCCCCUACUGUGAACUGUUGAGGGGUGUCUCGCGAGAGACCGGAAUGAGCGGGUUUGCUGGUGUAAGAAUGUGUGGUUCUGAAAUGUAUUAUAUACACUGCUCCUUUUGUUCUCAAAAAGGAUCUUUAUGAGAAGAACUCGGCUUCUCCCAAAGUGCCGUACGUAUGUGCACUAAAAACAAAAAAAGCAAAAACCCGGUAAGACUAAAGAUGCUGUGAUCCGUGUAUGUGGUCAUCCCCGCCAUCAAGUGUAGGAGAAGCGAUCACAAUCAAGUUCAUGUGUGAGUGAGAAAAGUCCCUUGCGACUUUUCCUGUUUGUCAUUCCAAAGUGUGCCGGCAUAAAUCAUCCUGCUUCCUUUUCUUUGGGAAACCCAACACAUCACACUGUGCCCUCAAUAAAACCACCAACAGCUGUUUCUAUA